AUCAUUGUUAUUUCACUUUGUCAUCGUUGACUUUUUUUAAACAAGAUAAGUUGUGGUGUCGGGUGCUUAGUGUCUGUCACGGUUUGUGAAGACGCUCUGAUCUGUUUGUGGGGGCGCGUGCUUAGUGAAGAGUGCAUUUCAUUUAAACGAUUAAUUUUAUAACAUUAACAUUUGAUUGCAUUUCAUUGUUAAAUUCUUUGUUUGUUUUUCAUUGAAUUGAUUUAUUUCUCACUUAAUAUUACUACUUUUUAACACAAACUUUUAAUUUCAAAUACUGUUUUUUAAAAAAUAAAUUUGCUGUCCUUUCAUUGACAACUUAGAUUCAAAAUCAUUGUUUUUUCACUGUCAUCGUUGACUUUUUUAAUUUAAAAAAAAAAUUGUUUAAAAUAAACUUUUUUAACGUUAAAUUUACCCCAUUUGAUAAAUCUUUAAAAUUUUGAAAAUACAAAAUUCAUAACUAUUUCAAAAACAGCAUUUUUUUGAUUUUUGAUUGACGUUUAAAUGCCGUUUUUUAAAAUAAAUUUUCUGUCCUUUCAUUGACAGCUUAGAUUCUAAAUCAUUGCUUUUUCACUUUGUCAACGUUUAAUUUUUUUUGAUUUUUUAAAAAUAUAGUUUAAAAAAAACUUUUCUAACAUUAAAUUUUCCCCAUUUGUUACAUCUUUACAAUUUUGAAAUUUCUAAAUUCUUAACGAUUGUCUUUAAUUCUUAAAGACAACAUUUCAUUUCAUAGACAGCAUUUUUUUGGUUUUUAAUUGACGUUUAAAUUGACAACAUAUUUAAAAAACAUUUCAUUGUAAUUGACAACAGGUUUCAUUGUGAUUGAUUUCAUUCUAGAGGAAAGGCUCCAUUUUCAAGAAAUUGAUCUGUUUUCGUUGACAACUGAGAUUUCAAAACAAUUUCUUUGUGAUUUAUUUCAUUUGAUCUGAAAGCUACCAUUUUGAAUAAAUUCAUCUGUCAUCAUUGAUAACUGAGAGUGUGUUUGGGCUUUUUUUAAUUCGGAAAAAUUCCAUCUUGAAAAACUUAAUCCAGUCUUCAUUGCCAACUGAGAUUCUGUUUUCAAAUCAUGCCAAGAGGAAGGAAUAAACAUACAGGGCGGUCGUGUGAUGAGAAAAUGAGACAUCGAGAAGUAAUGAGGAGGAGGAGAAAAGAACAACAGACUCAGCAAGAAAGAACACAACAUCUCCGAGGUAAUCCAGAAAUAAACAAGGAGAGAAGGGCACAACAGACACAGCCAGAAACAUCUCACUGUCUCCAAGAUAGUCAGGAUACACAGCGGGAGAGAAGUGCACAUGAGACGAACCAGGAGAGAAGGGCACAAGAGACACAGCCUGAAACAUCUCAGUGUCUACAAGAUAGACAGGGGAGACAGCGGGAGAGAAGUGCACAUGAGAUGCAGCAAAAAAUAACUAAACGUCUCAGAGAAAAAUGUGAGAGGAAGGAGGAGAGAAGGAAUAAGCAGACACAGCCAGAAAGAAUUCAACGUCUCAGAAAUAAACGAGAGAGGGAGCAAGAGAGAAGAACUCAAGAGACAGAGCCAGAAAGAAGACAAUGUCUCAGAAAUAGACGAGAGAGGGAGCAGGAGAGAAGGACUCGAGAGACAGAGCAAGAAAGAAGUCAACGUGUCAGAAAUAAACGAGAGAGGGAGCAGGAGAGAAGAACUCAAGAGACAGAGCCAGAAAAAAGUCAACGUCUCAGAAAUAAACGAGAGAGGGAGCAAGAGAGAAGAACUCAAGAGACAGAGCCAGAAAGAAGACAACGUCUCAGAAAUAGACGAGAGAGGGAGCAGGAGAGAAGGACUCGAGAGACAGAGCAAGAAAGAAGUCAACGUGUCAGAAAUAAACGAGAGAGGGAGCAGGAGAGAAGAACUCAAGAGACAGAGCCAGAAAAAAGUCAACGUCUCCGAAAUAAACGAGAGAGGGACCUUGAGAGAAGAAAAGAGUCAGAGCCAGAAAAAAGUCAGCGUCUCAGAAAUAGACGAGAGAGGGAGCAGGAGAGAAGGACUCGAGAGACAGAGCAAGAAAGAAGUCAACGUGUCAGAAAUAAACGAGAGAGGGAGCAGGAGAGAAGAACUCAAGAGACAGAGCCAGAAAAAAGUCAACGUCUCAGAAAUAAACGAGAGAGGGAGCAAGAAGAGAAGAACUCAAGAGACAGAGCCAGAAAGAAGACAACGUCUCAGAAAUAGACGAGAGAGGGAGCAGGAGAGAAGGACUCGAGAGACAGAGCAAGAAAGAAGUCAACGUGUCAGAAAUAAACGAGAGAGGGAGCAGGAGAGAAGAACUCAAGAGACAGAGCCAGAAAAAAGUC